AUGCAUAAAACGAAUCAUUGCAUACACACAAAACCUAUACAUAUAGACGGCAGGACCCCCUCGAUUUCCUCCUAGGUUCAAUCUAUAAGAAGAUUAGGUACUGCAUCUGUGUGUGUUUUUUUUUCCGGCAGCCGGUGAUGGCGGAGAUUGGCCAAGCUGCUACUGAUGUUUACGCGCCGACGAAGACCUUACAAGUAUGGCGGACACUGUUGAACUGGUUGACUUUCUUCUUUCAGAUCUUUCUUCAGAUCAUUAGAGGCACUCCUUCUGUUGCUUCAUUGAUCAAUUAUUCUUCUUCGUCGUCGUUUAUGCCUUUGCCUGUCGUUGAAUUUCCUGAAUCUUCCGAACCGACAGCAUUGGCUACAGCUUCCGUUCAUAUUCCGUCCGUUGUGGCUGAUUAUGAUUGUUUGGAAAAGCUCACGGUGGUUCUCGACUUGGAUGAAACUCUGGUAUGUGCGUAUGAGACAUCUAGUUUGCCUGAGACUGUUCGCAAACAAGCUACAGAGGCUGGUUUGGCAUGGUUUGAGCUGGAAUGCAUAUCUUCUGACAAGGAAAUUGAAGGAAAACCCAAAGUCAACUAUGUGACAGUAUUUGAACGUCCUGGAUUGCAUGAGUUUCUUGCCCAACUUAGCAAAUUUGCUGAUCUUGUACUAUUUACUGCAGGCCUUGAAGGAUAUGCUAAACCACUUGUUGACAUAAUAGAUGCUGAAAACAGGUUUAGCCGUAGGCUUUAUCGGCCUUCGACAACUUCCACGGAAUAUCGUGAACACGUGAAGGACCUUUCCUUCGUAUCAACAGAUUUUUGCAGAGUAGUAAUUGUUGACAACAAUCCAUUCAGUUUCCUAUUGCAACCAGCCAAUGGAAUCCCGUGCAUACCUUUUUCUGCUGGACAACCACGUGACGACCAGCUUCUUGAGGUCCUCCUUCCCCUUCUGAAGCAACUUUCGGAGCAGAGAGAUGUAAGGCAGAUCCUAUACGAAAGGUUUCACAUGCCAGAAUGGUUUGAAAAACACGGAAUCCCUGCCUCUGCCUGGGCAACAAAAGGGUAAAAAAGCAUUUGAAAACAGGCAAGUAUGUCUCUGUACCAUGGCAACAACAUAAAUUACAGUCUGUAUAGCUAGCUAUCUGUGUUGUUGAGUCAUUCAGAGAUUCUUUUAGUUAUUGUUUCCUUGCAACACAGUCAUGUUCUUGUUGUAAGUUGGUAUAUAGUUUGCGACGUGAUGGUGGUCUUGUAGGGUUUGUUAAUUAUCAUUCAACUUCUGUAAACCUCUCGUAGAUCAAUAAAUAAUCCAGGUUGCUUCAUCUA